AUGAUACAUCCAUCAUUUGCAAUACCUACUGCUUACGGUCUUGGCAAGCGCAAUGUCCUCAAUUUUGAUCUUGGAGGAGGAACACUCAUUGCCGCAGCCCUCCCUUAUGGUCUUGGUGAGCACAAUGUCCUCAUUUUCGAUCUUGGAGGAGGAACACUCAUUGCUGCAGCUCUCCCUUAUGGUCUUGGCAAGCACAAUGUCCUCAUUUUCGAUCUUGGAGGAGGAACACUCAUUGCCGCAGUCAUCCCUUACGGUCUUGACAAGAAAGUCGUUAUCUUUGAGGAGGAUCCCUCAACAUGUCCCCCCCAUGCCCAGGGGGGCAUUAAUGAUCACCCCCAACAAUCCGGCUAUCCCCCCCCUCCUCUGGCAGCUUUCGCUAGCCCACAAUUUGGCAGUCCCCCCCCUCCCAGCCCUUUUGCAGGCAGCCCAACUAGUUCAUGCCCCCCUCCUUUCAACCCUUGUGGUGACGGCAGUGCCGCUGCCUCCCCACAGUUCAACUAUGGCGCCCCCCCUCCCCCCAGCACUCAGUCCUCCCCACAGUUCAACUAUGGCGCACCCACUCCCCCCAGCACUCAGUCCUCCCCGCAGUUCAGCCACACUCACCUUCCCCCUCAUAACGGACAUGAGUUGGUUGUGCAGCCGGAUUUUGUCCUUUAA